AUCGGUGGCAACCUUCGGACUCCUUCGCCUGCCGGCAGCACCCAUCAUCGGGACCUGCAACAGCCUUCGUCCUUCAUCGAAUCGUCUCCACCAGCCGCAUCGUCGGUUCGGCAAACGGCCACGACGACCAAUGGCGGAUCCGAUCUGGUGGUCAUGCUGGAAAACAACAACCGACCACGUUGUUAUACGACCAGCUCCUGCUCCCCCUCGAUGUUGAUUCCGAGUGGCGACCCCACGACGACUCCAUCGGUUGGGGCCAAUUUGAUGUGCUCCAACACCAUUGUUGUGGCAUCGGAUUCGGACGAAACCGACGUAAGCUUGCAGGUGCCAUUACCGCAGCAUACGAUAUCGUUCGUCAACAAUGACGAUUGCCGAGCUUCCGAUCCGGAACGAGCCGGUGCUAAUUGUAGUAGUAAUAACAAUGUAAAUAACUGCACCGGCAAUCACACCCGGAACGGAAAUACCACCGGCAUCGAUGACCAACCCACCAGAUUGAAAGGAAUAGUGGCGGUGACGGUCAGAGAAAAUGGAAACCAUCGCCGCCACUCCAUCUCCUCCAGUCUGUCGACCGAAUCGUUCGAAAAUGUUCAACUAGUACUACUCCCACCGGACCAGGACAGGGCCAGGUCCUCCUUACAUUCCAAAGAAACCAAACCCACCAACAACGGCCAAGUGACACCAAAGGAACGGCGGCAGCGGCAAUCGUCUUGCUCCAGUGCCGGAAGCUCCCCAGAUCUCCCACUGGAGCAGGAGGAGCAAGAACAAGGACAACAGCAUUAUAAUCAUCAUCAUUUCUACGGCAGCCACCAUCAUCAUCAUCCGCCGGCAUACUUUCACCAGAUGACGACGACGACAACGAAUCAUCAUCAUCUUCAUCAUUACCCGCAGCUAAUUGUGAAUGGUUACGAUGAUCCGGAAACAGCGGGAGGAGAGAAGUCCGGCGGAGGUGCUGACCUAACCUCCACCACCACCCUUAAGCGGGAAACUUGCAUUUAG